UGUGCAAGCAAUGUCCUAUAAGUUGAGAGUGGGAUAAGAGGAACUUCCUUAUCUAGUGGCGGACAUGGCGACCACCAUGCUGCUCAGACCAGAUGAAGAGAGGAUGUUUGAAGGCCAGCCAAAGGGGUUCCCGUUCGAGGGCUUUCACAUGGAAGAUGUGAUGCUGCCCGAAGACGAUGACAUGGAUAUCCCCAGCGAUGAGGACGAUGAGGAUGAGGAAGAAAUCCAGACAGAGACUGGUUUUGGAAGCGUAGUCGUGGUGGACAACUUGCCACAAGUGCCUCCUGAGAAGUAUGAGAAGCUGUCUGGCGUGGUGAAGAAAGUCAUCAGCCAAGCAAAGGUCGUCAUACGGGAAGGGGGAUUUUUCAUGCCAGUGGAUGAGGAGACAAAGUUGAGCAAGGGAUUUGCCUUUGUGGAGUUCAACUCACCAGAGGAGGCACUUGCUGUGAGGCAAGUUGUGAAUGGUUUCAAGCUGGACAAGAGCCACACCUUUGCAGUGAACUUGUUCGACGAGAUAGACAAAUACAUGCGGAUACCAGACGUGUACGAGUCGCCUGAGGACAAGAAGUUUGAGCCAACAGAGAAUCUUUGGACGUGGAUGAUGGACAAGCGGGGUCGCGACCAGUUUGUGGUGCGCUACGGCGACGAGACAGAGGUGCACUGGAACGAUGCGCAGCGGGCUCAGGCAGAGGAGGUGUACAAGCGCUCCUUCUGGACGGAGUCCUUUGUGGUGUGGUCACCCCACGGCUCCUACCUGGCCACCGUGCAUCGCCAGGGUGUCGCCAUCUGGGGCGGGCCCUCCUUCCAGCGGCUGCACCGCUUCUCACAUCCAAAUGUGAGAUUAGUGGAGUUUAGCCCAGACGAGAAGUGCAUCAUCAGCUACAGCAGCAGGGAGCCCAGCAAUCCCAAUGAGAAGGCAGGCCUGCUGCUCAAUGUGUAUGACUGCGCCACCGGCCAGAGGCUGCGCUCGUUCGAGGGCAGCAUUGACGACUAUGCCGUCGGCUCGGCAGCCACCAGCGACGGCUCCCUCAAGUGGCCCAUCUUCAAGUGGGCCGCCAACACGUUCAUAGCGCGGCUGGGCAAGGGGUCGAUCAGCGUGUACGAGCUGCCGGACAUGGUGCUGCUAGACAAGAAGAGCCUGAAGCUGGAGGGCGUGCAGGACUUUGCCUGGUCCCCCAGCCAGCCCAUCCUCUGCGCCUACCAGACCGAGCAGGCUGGCGGCAACCUCCCCGCACGCAUCUCCCUCAUCUCCUUCCCCGAGAAGCGCGAGCUCCGCCAGAAGAACCUCUUCUCCGUGUCAGAUGUGCGCCUGUUCUGGCACCCUCAGGGCGACUACCUGGCCGUGCAAGUGGACCGCUUCACAAAGACCCGCAAGUCGACCUUCACCGCCUUUGAGCUCUUCUCCGUCAAGGAGCGCGACAUCCCCAUGGAGGUGCUGGAGCUGCCCAAUAGGAACGACAAGAUCGUGGACUUCCAGUGGGAGCCGCGGGGCAGCCGCUUUGCGGUGCUGCAUGGGGAGGGUCCGCGGCCCAACCUGUCGCUGUACGCGAUGCGCGACAUGAAGACGAGCGCGCGCGGCGUGCAGCACAUCACCACCCAGGCCGGCAAGCAGGCCAACUGCAUCCACUGGUCGCCCCAGGGGAAGUUCCUGGUGCUGGGCGGGCUGAAGGCGAUGAAUGGGCAGCUGGAGUUCUUCAGCGCGGACGAUGGAGAGGUGAUGAACGCGGCGGAGCACUUCAUGUGCACCAACAUUGAGUGGGACCCCACGGGGCGCUACGUUGCCACCUCCGUCACCCACAUCCACCAGAUGGAGAAUGGCUUUAACAUCUGGCUCUUCAACGGCACCCUCCUCUACCGGGUGCAGAGGGAUCAGUUCUUCCAGUUCAGCUGGCGGCCGCGCGCGCCAACGCUGCUGAGCAAGGAGCAGGAGGCCGACGUCGUCAAGCGCCUCAAGGAGUUCUCCAAGCGCUACGACGAGGAAGACUCCAAGAUCCUGGAAGAGACGGAUGUGGCGAUUGUGGCGGAGCGGCAGAGGAUGAUGGAGGAAUGGAAGGAGUGGUAUGACACCAAGAGGGAGUGGCUGGAGUGGCACACGCAGGGCCUCAACCAGCUGCUGGGCGACCGGCUCACUGAGGGCGAUUUCACUGUCGAGGAGGUGGAGACAGAACUCACCAUUGGCACAGCUGAGGAAAUCGUCAAGGCAUGA